CAGGCAGCUGCUCGUCACCCGCCCGCCAACAAACGGAGGAUGCCGAGGUCAACCCUGGCUCCCGACACGUUUCCUCCGGCGGGCCCGGGGGAGGGCCGUGGGCGCGGGGACGGCGCUGGGGUGGGACGGCGCGGCCGGCCGGGGCCAGCCCGAGCCGGGGCCGAGCUCCGCCGCAGCCGCCGGGGCAAGCCCGCGCCCCUCGGCCCGCCGCGCCGCGCCGCCGGGAUGAGGCGGGCCGGGCCCUGGUGCCUGCUCCUGGCCGCGGCCUGCGCCCUGGGCCGGGCCCCGCCGCCGCGGGCCGCCGUGCGCUGCCAGCCCGACGGCGCCUGCUUCAGCGCCCACCUCGCCAACGGCUCGUACGACAAGGCCCGCAGCGCCUGCGGCGGGCAGCGGGGCGGCCUGGCCUGGGUCAGCGGCGAGGCGGAGCUGCGGCUGCUGCUGGGGCUGCUGGCGGAGACGGCGGGACCCGCGCCCUCGCUUUUCUGGGUCGGGCUCAAGAGGAACGCCGCCGCCUGCACCGACGAGGGGCAGCCGCUCCGCGGCUUCUCCUGGGAGGGCGCCGACGACGGGGCGGCCCCGCGGGAGGUGCCGGCGGCGCUCGGCCGGUGGGUGAAGGAGCCCAUGAAGUCCUGCCUCACCCUCCGCUGCGCCGGGCUGCACCUGGGGGCGGCGACCCCCGGGGGCGGCCCCAGCUGGGGCUGGAAGGAGCAGAUCUGCCAGCGGGAGAGCCAGGGCUACGUCUGCAAGUACCAGUACGAGGGCGCCUGCCCCGACCUCAGCCCCGCGGGCGCCCUCCGCCUCGACUACCGCCUCCCCUUCGAGAAGCGCAGCGCUGGACCCGGUUUCAGCCCGCCGGGCACCAUGCUGAGCGUGGCGUGCCCCGGCGGGGAGGUGCAGCUCACCUGCCAGCCCCACCGGGGCGGCUUCGCCUGGAAGGGGGCAGAGGACGGGACGCCCUGCGCGGCCACCGGGGCGGCCACCACCGCCGCGGGCGGCCCCGCGGAGACGCCGGGUGCCAGGCAAAGCCCCUCCGCCCCGGCACCCGGCGGCUCAGCGGCGCCGCCCGGCGAGGGAGUCGAGACGGCUGCUCCGCCGCCCUCCUCCUCCAACUACGUUUUCAUCCUGGUGGCGAUCGCGGUGGUGGUGCUGGUCAUCCUGGUCAUGACAGUCAUGGGGGUCUGCAAGCUCUGCUUCAGCAAGAAAUCCGAGGGCCGGGGGGACAAGAAGCCGCCGAAGGCCGGCAGCAAGGCGGAGGCGGGCUCCGCGGAGCCGAGUGGGGCAGAGGGCGGCGACUAGCCCCGGGGCGGCCGGGGCCUCGUCCCUCGGGGCUGCCCCGGCCGGCAGGUCCCACCCCGGGGCAGCCCCGGCUCCCCCGUCUCUGCUGACCCCCCUCUCUCUGCCGCGGGGAGCCGGGGAAGAGGCGCCGUGGGACAUGGCUGAGCAGGACCUGCGGAUUGUCAGACGUGGGGGUGUGCAGCAACCCCCUUUUCAGGGGUUUGAAGCUUGGGACGGUCAAGAGUUUUUGUCGGGAUGAAAACCAGUUAUUUAGGUGCUGACAUAAGCGUAAUAGAAACACAACAGCCUGUCCGACUGCUUGUUUGCAGCAGCAACUGUCACGGGUUUUUAUCCUCUCCAAAACCGUUCUUCGGGUGCCUUGCUUGGAGCGAGUGUUACGGGGACCACUUUGAGCAAUCACAUCUUGUAAUCUGGAAGUCAGUCUUUGCCUGAGUGGUACUUGGAGGCUCUCAUUUUCUUUCUAAUUGCUGGAACGUUUGGAGAGGUGCACUGCCAUAAUUUUGGAGGAAACUGUGACCCAUAUGCUUUCAGACUGACAUUCUUAAAAGUGAAGAGCAUUUCUAUACUUGGAAGGCCAUUAAAUUGCUGAGGAAGUGGGAGAUUAAGGGGGAGUCAGGUUUUUACUUCAGCUGAUGGAGAGAAUAAAGGCUGAUUUAAAACAUAAAUCGCUGCUAUGUUCAUUACUUCAUAUAAUAUUCAUUUUUAUUGUAGCAGAGCAACAAUUUUUUUCAGUUAGUUUUCCUCCUAAGGUGCAUCAGUACACCACCUGCCUUUGGCGUGCGGUAUGUGGCUCCCUUACAAUGAGACAAGAUGCUGACAACUUCGAACUGUGAGAGGAGUUAAUGUGGGUCCAAAUACAUCAUGCAAAUCCCAUUCUUUUUAGUCACAUGUAUUGUUUUCCAUGGAAAGUAAGGAGAGAAUGAUUCACCCUUUGUGCCCCUUUCUAAAUGAGGUAGACACUUCCUCUGAUUUCACUUGGCCAUUCCUGUACAGCAGCUUUCAUCCUGGCCGCAGAACUUGCUUUCUUUGCAUUUCAGGGUGCUGAUGCUCACCUAGUAUUAUUACGGUGUUGGUUUUCAGUUAAAGUGGUAAUGCUAAUCAUUGAUUCAAAGUUUUCUGAGUGCAAUAAGACACAACUAACUGGAUCUCAUCCAACUCUUCUGGGGUGCGGGGAGGGUAGGGAAAUAUUCCCUUAAAACACUUUAAGCUCUGAAAUGUCUUUUUAAAUAUGCUUUUUUUUGUUUGUUUUCCUCUCUUUAGAACUGAUCUUCUGACUACUGCUUUCAUUUUGUCACUUUGUGUUGAAUUUGGAGAACUCCAUGUCAAACAAUAAUGUGUAUUACCUAUUUUUCUUGCAAGCAAAGAUUGAAGAUUAAUCUGGUGUAAACAUCUGUUAAGGAUAAAGUAUGACAGAGCAUGGA